CUUAAGGAACCCCGCUGUGGAAUUCUACAGCUAAACAACAUGGCAGGAAGACUUAAAGCAACCGAGAAGGAACCAGAAACUCCAGUUCCCAGUAUGAAUAUCUCCUUACUGUGUGCCAGGUGUGGGACGGCUUACAGCUUCCUCAUGCAGCAACACCUAUUGUUAUAGAGAGCAAGGUGAGCAAACUCUCUCAACAGGUGCUCCACAGGUGUGGUGUCACGAUGCACAGGAGCAAGAGCACAGGCGGAAGUGCGGUGUUCUACAGACCAGUUGGAACUACAACGGAAGUGAGAUCUGGAUACCUGUUCAAGUCUCCUCCCCAAAAACGGUUGAAGGCAGAGAAAUCAUGGAAGAAGAGGUAUUUUGUGCUGUUCAAAAUCAGUGAGCAGGAACACCUCUUGAAGUACUUCAGGAGUCCAACAGAAAAGGACAGGCCUCUUGGAGGGAUAGACUUAUCGCACAUCUCACUGUUGUAUGUGAGCCCUCAAAACCAUCCAAGAUGGGCGUGGGUGCAGAAGAGCUUCAAGUGCUCACCAUCCUGUGUGCUGUACAUCAGGGCGGCCAACCGGGACUACUUCCUCGUCGGGGAAACCAGCGAGGAAGUGGACGGCUGGUUCUCUGACCUGUUUGAAGCCCUGAAAAACCGGCCGCAUAAAUGUAUGAGUUCAGAGGAUAUGACAAAUGGACAGCAGACAAUUGAGGUUAUUUCAAACCCACUAUUGCGGAGAAAGCAGAGCUCUGAUGCUGUGUCUGAAAAGGCAGCGUUGAAAAUUCGUUCCUUGUCCGACCCAUCCUCAAAUGCCAUGGAUAACGACACUGAAAACUCAAAGGAUGACGGCUAUGCAAAAAGACGUGCAUCAGCACCAGUGAAUCCAAUCUACGACUAUCCGAGAGCCUACAUGCAAUCACAAGAGGCAAAUGGCUCGACCCGUCGCAAAAGCUUGGACUCAGUAUAUGAAUCAAUGCUGGAAGUCAGACUUAACGCACAAGUGGCUCAGGCAGCGGACCGUGAAGUGGAGGAGGUUACCAAGGGCAGCCUGAUGAGAACUGUCACUCAGGCCUUUGACAAGCUGAAGACACAGAUUUCCCCACUGCCCCCAUUCGACGAGGAGACAGCAGCGGAGGACAGAGAAGAAACGCGUCUGACGUCAGACUUCAGCAGCAGCUCCAGUGACAAUGAUGCCACCUCUCCUGUGGAGAUGCUGGAGUCACAAAAUGUGCCCACACUGGAGAAACUAAGCUCAACUGAAAGCCUUGACAUCAUCAGCCCGGAGGAGAGAGAUUUUGAGGUCAAGCAGGCGGAUUUGAAAAAACACCUGACACUGACAGAAGUGGAUGGGAAACCAAGUGUGUCUGGGUGGACGGGCCAGCCCCAGUCAGUGUGCCUGUUUCACAAAGGAGACCAAAUCCUGGCUAUUAACGACCUGCACACCAGUAGCUUGGAGGAGUUCAACAUGUAUCUCAGCAAGUGUCUCAAGAACGAGGUGAAAGUGACCAUCCUGCGGCUGCCUGGAUGCCCUCCGCUGCACUCACCAAACUGUGUGUGCACUGACUGACCGCACACUGACCGUCAGAGAUGAGACGUCCACCAUAUGCUGGUUUUUACCAUGUAUAGACCACUUUAGACAACUGACAGUAUUUCCCCAGGGCUGUGGGCAGUUCCUACUGAUCAGUCACUCUGCAAGUUUACUCCAUUUAAAUGACUAGAGGAGCUUAAAGUGAAGGUAGAGGAAACAAUUAUUCAAUGACUUAGGUCACAAUGUAUGUGAUUAUUGUAUGUAAAAACAUGUAAAAACACCAAAUGCAUUUUUGUUUCCAAGCAAUCUUUGUAUAAACAAUGAUUUGCAGUUUUAACAGAGCGUGAUAUAUGACGUGAUUACGACACUGUGUAUUGUAUCUACUGUAGAUAAGACGUUUGUUCUCUGAAGCUGUCUCUAAAAGGAAACAAAAGGCAGAGGUUCUACUGAAACGUAUUUCCUCAUACCGCCUGUAUGAUGCUAAAAAGAAAGGACUCUAACCACCUGCAUGAGACGGUGCAAUAUGCACACGGUUAUUGUAAAUAGACUUAUGUAGGAAUGCUAUUUUUAAAACUUCAAAAUGACAGGAAGCGACAGCAUUUAUCUAGGUGAUCUGAAGAAUGAUGAUGAUGAUGACUCUAUUUUCCUGUGACUAAUGUGAUCGACAGUUUUUGAAUUGCACCAUCAGUGUAGGUCCACUAAAAGCGCUUGUUUUUGCCACUGACAGGCUCAGAUUAUCACUGUAAGGCUGCGUUCUGAAUCACAUACUUUGUACUCUCAUUAUGUCCUGAAAUUGCCUUUAAAAAGUACUGUUGCAUGCAGUAUCCACACAAUCAGGACACACUUCUUUCUCACAACAUAACGCCCUUAAUUUUGUCCCUUUCUCAUAUAUCCGUUACCUUGGAGAUAAAACAAAAUGCCGUUCACUGAGUACCGAGACCUCUCCUGUUGUUGGUUUGCAGUGCACGAAGUUUUAAUUUUCAAGUACUAACUAAAUUGUAGAUUCUAGCAUAUUCACUGACUAUAGAUUUUUCUGUCAGUCUUAUUUUCAUAGUCCUUUUGUUGUUGGUAAUCUUUAUGAUUAUAAUGUUCACUUAAACAAUCAAUAGUCCUCUUAUUACUGUUUGACUGGUCACCAGUCUAUCGAAUGCGCUGUCAUCCGUCCUUGCAGCUGUCAACAAGCUGUCAAUCUCUGUUUGCAGCUUUGUCAAUGUGACGUUUGUUCUGUUAUGCAGAGGAUUGUGGGUCAGAAUAUCCAAGAAAGCACUGCAUACUGCAUUUAGUGUCGUGGUUAGAGCACUCGUCUUCAUGCGGAAAGUCCAGGAUUUGAAUCCUGCCGUGGUUGACGUCAGCAAAGGCAUACAGUCGCAAGAGGUUCCCACUGCCGAAUCAAACGGGAUCAGAUUCCUUAAGGAGGCUUCAGGAUAAGAAGUAACUCCAAAAUCUGAGCCAAGUCCUCAACGAGGGUGCAUCUCAAGCCCGUUGUGGACGGGAGGUUCCAGACGUGAAAGCAGAUACAUUCAUCUGACAUACUUAAUCUAAUCCUGGAGAUUAACCUUUUUCUUAAAGAGUAAGAUCCUCUUUGUUUAGCCUGAAACAGCCCCAAAAUCGCAUUCACCAAACCCACCGGACUCCAUUGAAAAAAAACAGUAUUUUUAUCAGCGUAAAACACACAUCAUUAAAAGUCUACAAGACACGAAGCAGUCUUGGUUUCUUUUUCCACUUUUCCAACAAUCACCAACUCUAGUCUGGUUGAAAUAAACUCUUAAUUCAUCCAGUUAGAUUUAAAAAAUAUACUGUCUCUAUACACGUUAAAAUUACUGUUUAUUUAAAUGGAGUCUGGUGAGUUUGGCGAUGGUGAUUUCAGGGCUGUUUCUGGUUACACAAAAGAAUCUUACCCUUUAACAAAAAGGUCCAUGUCAGACACAAGGAAACUUACCCUUUAAAUCAUAUUUUGGGAAGAUGUUGCCACAGGUAUCUAAACCCAAAUUGUGUUGUGAUGACUGUAACUUGAGCAGGAACUGAGAUGCAUCACCAGCGUGAAUGUCAUCACUCAGCAAUGCUGAUUCAUUUCCAGUUUGCUCAGUACGUGGCACCUGUGAUGAAAUGUCUUUGUAAGCCAUGCCCAUCCUAUGACGCCUACUUGAGAGCACAAAUAGAAGGGCACAUUGUAUGUUAAGGUGCUUUUGUUAGAUACAAAAAAGGUAUAUGCCAAAUUUUCCUUUCCUUAUUUAUCUUGGGAAUGUUUUGACAGCGAUUAGAAAUGUAUGAAUAACAAAAAGAUUUCAGAAGAGACCGGUAUUUCAUGUCAUCCACACCUCAGGGAGAGUCUUGUGAAUUAAUAUGCAGACAGAAUGGUGUUGCACCUCGGGCUGUGUUUCACCCAUUUCUUUCCAAUCUGAAGCAGAAACGUGACUCAGCCGGCCGAGGACAAUGUCCCGGAAUGUAGUUUUAAUAUUGGGAAGAUGGUUUUUAAUCCCUUUUUAAAUUACGUCUGGUGACCAAAGCCACUCCCGGACAAAGACAACAUCAAAUGGAAAUUAUCUCCGAGGCCCGUUCACUUGAAGUGCUACAAACCAUUCUGAGUUUUAUAUUAAAAAACGCUAAAUUACGUCCACAGAGGGGAAGGACAAAGCUAAACUCUCCACAUUAAAAAAAACACUUUCUGACUCCAAUAUUCAGACGAGCUUUCCCACGACUUCUUAUCAGCCUCACUGAGAUUAAUGUUUCAAGUUUUAAUGGAGCUAUUAAACAGAUAUGAGCUGGUACGAUGAAAUUAUUCAGAACAUUUACUCCAUUAUUCAACUGUGAUGCCAAAAGCUGUGCUGUAUUAUAAAUACGCUCUGUUACAAAUAAAUGUAUUCUCUGCCAGGGUGCAGCACAUGCAAGUUGUACUGGGACAUUGAAUCUGUGUUAUAUUUGUAAAAUGAUCAUGAAUAAAUUUUAUCAGAUUAUUAACUCA